AUGAUUGCUCAACAAUUUUCUAAACUUGCUAAUCCUAGAUUUUUGGUCCCAUUUGCUGGUGCCACUGCCUUGUCAAUUGCUUUGGCUGCUCACUAUUCUUCCUCCGCAAACAUUAUUUCUAAUGAAUCCGGAAAAACUUUCACCGACCCAAACAACUGGAUUGACUUGAAAUUGGCAAAAUCUGUUGAUUUGACUCACAACACCAAACACUUGUAUUUCAAAUUAGCCAAUGAAGAUGAUGUUUCUGGUUUGGUUACUGCUUCUUGUUUGUUGACUAAAUUUGUUACUCCAAAAGGUAGUAAUGUCAUUAGACCAUACACUCCAGUCUCUGAAGUCAACCAAGCUGGUGAAAUUGAAUUUGUUAUCAAAAAAUACGAAGGUGGUAAAAUGUCUACUCAUAUCUUUGACUUGAAAGAAGGUGACACCUUAUCAUUCAAAGGUCCAAUUGUUAAAUGGAAAUGGGAACCAAACCAAUUCAAAUCAAUUGCUUUGAUUGGUGGUGGUACUGGUAUUACUCCAUUGUACCAAUUGUUGCAUGAAAUUACUUCUAACCCAGCUGACAAGACUAAAGUUAAUUUGAUUUACGGUAACGUUUCCCCAAGUGAUAUUUUAUUGAAGAAAGAAAUUGAUGACAUUGCUGAAAAACACAAGGAUCAAGUUAAAGUUCACUACUUUGUUGAUAAGGCCGAUAACAACGACUGGAAAGGUGAAGUUGGUUUCAUCACUAAAGAAUUCUUACAAGGUGCUUUAGAUAAACCAAGUAGUGACUUUAAAGUUUUUGUUUGUGGUCCACCAGGUUUAUACAAGGCUAUUUCUGGUGCUAAAGUUUCUCCAACUGAUCAAGGUGAAUUGACUGGUCACUUGAAAGAUUUGGGUUUCGAAAAAGAACACGUCUUUAAAUUCUAG